AUGCCGGGACUCAGCACUUGUGAGCAGCCCAAGGUGUUGGACCUUGUCAAUGCCAGUAUCAGGGACCUUCUCCAUGCCCUUGAUAUUCGAGCCAUCACUAGUGUCGAGCUCGUCACGCGUUAUCUUAAUCGCAUCGGGCAUUUCGACUGCCGUGGGCCUUCCUUGAAUUCUGUUUGCAUCUUGAACCCCAAAGCUUUGGAAGAAGCACAAGAAUCGGACGAUUAUCGUGAAAGUGGCCGACCGGCACGGCCCCUCGAGGGGAUCCCCUUUACAGUCAAAGACAGCUUUAUGGUUAAAAAUAUGACUGUUGCGGCUGGGUCACCUGCCUUUGCCGAUCUGCUCUCAUCAAAAGACGCAGCUGUUGUCACCAUGCUCCGAAAUUCUGGAGCCGUGGUGAUUGGCAAAACAAACAUGCCUGCAAUGGCAGAUGGUGGACCACAGCGAGGUCUGUACGGUAGGGCAGAAAGCCCUUAUAACUUGCAGUAUUCGACCACUGCCUAUGCAUCUGGUUCCUCCAAUGGGUGCGGAACGUCCACGGCAGCCAGCUUCGCAGCAUUUGGCUUGGCUGGAGAGACCGUCUCUUCCGGUCGCUCGCCAGCCUCGAAUAACGCACUUGUUGGAUACUCGCCUUCACGGUGUAUCAUACCGAACAGAGGUCAAUGGCCACUUUAUCCGACAUGUGAUGUUAUCGUUCCCCAUACACGAUCGGUGGAAGAUUUGUUUUUCGUGCUCAAUGUCAUUGCGAAUGAUGACCUGCAUGCCGCAGAAGGGAUCGAUUUCUGGAGAAACCAAACGUUCGUUUCAAUUCCCAGAGCCUCUAAUACUCGACCAAAAAGCUAUCAUCAGUUGAAAAACACCGAUUCUUUCAUUGGAAAACGUAUUGCUGUGCCCAGAUGCUUCGUCGGCGUGCCCUCCGCGCAGCCUUUCCACGUGUGCACUGAAUCAGUACAGCAACUUUGGGAGAAGACUAGAGCCACGUUGGAGUCUCUUGGGGCAACUAUCAUCGAGACAGACUUCCCACUGCUUGAGCAAUAUAUGAAGCAGGACUUUCCAGGUCAAAGUUGCAACAUACCAGGAGUAUCCAACGAGUGGACCAGCAUUGAGCGUUGCCAGAUGAUCGCAACUGCAUGGGAUGACUUCCUCCAAAUCAAUGGUGAUGAGACCUGUCCGAACCUUCUCGCAGCUGACCCCCACAACAUCCAUCCUCACAUCGCGCCAAUGGACGACCCCUCCAAUCAUACCGAGGCACAAAAUCAAGUGCGAUACCCAGAGAUGUUCGAUUCCGUGAGGGACAGGACCCACACUCUCUAUAAUCUGCCCGGCAUUGAAGAAGCUGCCAAUGCACUGGAAGAUAUGCGGAAAAAGGAGUUGGAAGAUUGGAUGGAUUCCAAUGGUUUUGACCUCCUGGCAUUCCCCACAAACGGCGACGUUGCUUCUGCGGAUGCUGACGAGAAUUUUGAAUCGAUGAUCCAUGCUCUUCAGAAUGGUGUGAAAUAUGCCAAUGGUGGUCGAGUCAUGAAGCAUUGCGGUAUUCCCUGUAUCACGCUUCCCAUGGGCACAUUGGAGAGUCAACAAAUGCCCGUGGGUGUGACAUUUGCAUGCAAAGCAUACGCAGAUAAUGAAUUGUUGCGAUGUGCAUUCGCAUACGAGGCAGCUUCCCAGGCCCGGACCACGCCCAAAUUGACGCCAUCAAUUCCAUCGGAUCAGAUAUCGCUGGCUCCUUUAGGCCCGCAAGGUGUACGCACUGCAAAGCCCAUUCUCGACAUCUCUGCCAAAUCGGUUCCAUUGAAGAGUUCCGGGCAAGACAUUUGUCGAAAAGUCUCUGUGGAAGGAACCGUACGCUCAAGCAAUUCCGAAGUGGAGGUCUCCUCGAUUGAAGUCUUUGUCGAUGGCGUGAAACUAUCAGAAAUCCCCUUCAAAGGCGAGCAAUGGAAAUGGGAAGCUAGCCUUUCUCGGUUGAAAGUUGUUGAUCGUUUCCCGACAAUUGCCAAAGUUCCAAGAGAUCAUCAUCUCGUGGUCUUCAUAGCAUAUCUGGCGAAUGGAAGAAGCGCGGCGUCGAUGCUGCUGGUAGAUUAG